AUGCUUCUAGCUGAAUUCUAUGGUAGCGAGGGCUGGAGGGUCAAUCAUUUGAGAACAUGGUUACCUGACCACUUGGUUCAGCAAGUACAGGAAGUUACUCUACAUCCUGAGCAGAGGGAUUGCAUGAUCUGGGCGUGUUCACCCUCGGGCGAAUUUGCGACUGCAUCGGCUUGGGACCUUAUCCGCCAGAGACGGGGCCCGUCGCUGGUGGACGACCUCCAUUGGAGUAAGGUUGUGCCGCUUAAGAUGUCCUUCUUUGCGUGGAAGGUACUACGUAGUCUGGUGCCAGUGGACAUCAAUUUGAAGCAUAGGGGGAUACUGCUAGCAUCACGGUGCUCAUGUUGUCUAUCACAUGAGGAAACCUUGGGCCAUCUUUUUGCAACGGGGCCGGUAGCAGCGGCGGUCUGGGAGUUCUUCCAACGGAGGUUCGGCAUAUUGGAGGCCCAGCCCUCCUCGCUCGCGGCAAGGGUGUUGUUGUGGUUCAGCUCGGCUUCCCCAUCAUCAAGGGGGCAUAUUAGGACGAUAGUCCCAGUAUUAAUACUUUGGUUUUUAUGGAAAACUAGGAACAGAGCUUGUUUUGAAGCUGGCGGGGUGGUCGCAAUGAUUGAAGAUUUUGUUGAACAGCUAGGGGUGGCGAAAAUGCUUUCGAGGUGUCACUUUCGUGGGGACUACGAGGACAAAUGGGCUCGGUUGGGAACCCUAGAGACCCGGAGGAGCGAGGUAGUUGUGGUCUCCUGGAAACGGCCUCCAAGGUUCAGCGUCAAGUUGAACACGGAUGCCAGCGUCGUCCUUGACCAGGCGUACGGAGGAGGCUUACUAUGGGAUUCUGACGGGUGUGUAAUUUUCGCGUUUCAUAAGGAGCUUGGAAAGCUGGAUGUGUUAGAGGCGGAAGGCUUGGCAUUGCUGCAUGGACUUCGUUACUGCGAGGGGGUGGUGUCAGACCCUUUAUUGGUGGAGGUUGAUUCGGAGAGCCUGGUUCGCAUGUUGCAUUCGAAUGGGGUAGCCAAGUGGCCACUCUGCAAUACAUUAAGGAGAAUAAGAAGCCUGUUGGAUACACUAUCGGCCUCCCUUUCACACGUGGUGCGAGAGGCUAACUCGGCGGCAGAUAAGCUGGCAGGAUUGCGGUCGGAGCUGUACUGCACUGCAUAUUCGCAACUACCGAGGUCAGUCAGGACGGCGGUUCUGUUAGAUAGUAGGGAGUUUCCCUUUCCACGAUGCCGAAGUGUAGGGGGCUAG